AUGCUCGAGGCCUACACACACCCAAGUCCUAUACGGGCCCAAGGCCUACACACACCUGAGGCCUGUGCAGACCUGAGUCCUGCAGCCUGGUUGCCCGGCGACCAUGGUGGCAACACCAUGGUUCUACCCCAACCCCACCACCCAUUCUUCCUCUUCCUGGUGCUCCCGUUGGUGACGGCUCUGUCCCCAGGGAAGCCUGUAGCCCUGUGCCCGGCCUCCUGCCACUGUCACCGGUGGUUGCUGGACUGCAGCCGAGCCUCCAUGGACGCGGUGCCGCGGGCCACCCGCCGCUGGGCCCUGUCCGUGCUAAAUUUCACCAGCAACUCUAUUUCUUCCAUUGAAAAAGAAGCGUGGAGGGAAUACCCGUGGGCUGAGCACUUAAUUCUCCAGGACAAUGAUUUGAGGGCGGUGAAGAGGCAUUCGCUGGAGGGUUUGCUGCUGCUGAAGCAUCUGGAUUUAUCCGGCAAUAAAAUCCAGUCGAUUGAGGGACGUGCUUUUGAGCCACUUCCUUUCUUGCAGCUUCUGAACCUCAGUGGAAAUCUCAUGGCGCGGAUCCAGAAGGACACUUUCCAGGCAUGGCAUGGGGUGCAGUUUCUACAGAAAGUGAUCCUGAGCCACAACCCACUGUCUGUGAUCGAUGACGCGUCGUUUUUCCAGCUGCCGGCGGUCAGUUAUCUUGACCUGGGAGCAACGCGUGUGUCACGGCUGACAGUGCUCAACCUCCUCCUGACCGCGGCCCGUUUGGAGAUGCUCAGAGUGCCCCGAGCUGCUGCCUGCUGCCUCUGCCAGGAGGGCCGUGCUGCCGAGACGCUGUGCAGGAGAGUCCGCUUCCAGGGCAGGGAGCUGUGUGCCAGCAGCCCGCACUGCGCUCAGGCGGAAUCCCCAGCGGAGCUGCGGGCAGAACUGAGGAGAGCAGCGCAGUGCAGCGCAGCGCUGCGCCCCAACCCCACCAAUUCUUCACUCGGAGACAGAGAAACCGUAACGCUUCGUGUCGUCCUGAGCCCUCCCGGCGCUGAUGGGGACCUCGGGGACUCCGGGAAUCGCAUCUCCAGAAGGAGCUCCCGUUCCCCUCAGCAGCCACGCAGGCAGCAGCUGCGCAGCGCUCUGCGUAUGGGCCGGGAGGGCGGCCACGGGGGGAGAAAACUCCGUCUGCCAGCAACAGAGCUGAAGGACGGGCAGCAAAGCAUCGCCUCGCAGCUGCCGAGACCCGCGGCACGCAGCGUCCCGAAAGCAAAGGCAGGAGCCCACCUCGCCGGGGAGCCGAGCGGCGCGGAGGAUGAGGACGCAGCGAUAGAAGGAGACCUCUUUGAAAGCGAAGCGGAGCACUGCCUGCGCCCGGUGGUCCCCAACGGAGCCCUGAGGGGUUUCGUCGCCCGCGUGGCACGAGCCGUGAGGAAGGACUGCCGCCUGCCCCACCUGCAGCCCAACUGCGCGAAGCUGCUGGCGCACACCGGGCGGCUGCUGGGGCUGCUGGGCGGGCAGAGACCCGCGGCGCAGUGCGCGCUGGUGGGGAACAGCUCUGUCGGCACAGAGGGCAGGAGCCGCGGUGGGGAGAGGGCCGCAGCGCACCGCUCCAGCAGGAGGGUCGUCUUGGCGGUGUCGGUGUGUCUCCUCAUCACCGCUUACCUCACUGCCAUUUGUCUCAUCGAGGUCUGCUGCCCCAAACCCGCAGCCGCCUCCCAGCCCCACAGCACCAGCAAGUCACGGUGGAGACGGCCCUUUCGGGAGCUGCUGCCACCCCGAUGGCGUGGGAACAGCGGGGCGCAGGCAUCGCGCUUUGCAGAGCGCGUGAAGGACGAACCGCAGUGGCUCCGAGACCUCUACCUGCCCCUGGAUGAGCAGCAGAGGAACUCCAUCUAUCAGCUGUACCGCGAGCCCGAGGAGGAGGAGGAGGAGGAGGAGGGGAAGAAGGAGGAGGAGGAGGUGUUCACGACGACGCCCGAGGAGCAGCACAGCCCCACAGCCUCCGCCCCAUAAGGCCCAAUGGGGCACAGCGGGAUGGGAGCACCGAGCCCUGGGAUGGCGCCGGGCACUGCGGUGCGCAGAGCCCCGUGGGACGCUCUGCUAUUGACUGGGAUGGAUGGCUCCGCUCCGGCAGUGCUGCGUUUGCUAUUAAAGGCUGCAGGGUGUUCUGCUA